AGAGGAGCAGCUCCUCCGUACACUCACACGCCGCGCCGCUGGUGGCUCAGUGGUGGCCGCCGGGGACACCCUGUAGACGUGACAGUGACUGGACGAGGUGACAAUGGCCCUGGCGUCGUGUGAAGCAGACGACUCCAGGUGGGCGGGGGAGCGUAUCAUGCUGAGCUGCCGUGGGCGCUGAUGGCCACCCCGACGCCGCCCAUGUCCCAGCUCUGGCUUAACACAAGUGUCGUUGCUGAACUGAGUGUCACAGAGGCUAUUGACCUGACUACUGCUGCUGGGGAAGACGCUCCGGUGGGGAGAGACGAGAGCGGGAACGUGUCGGUAGGAGGCGGUGCAGGAGGGGAUGCCGUGCUGGGGGAGAACGUGUCCGUGUUGGUGAUCAAGACCUUUCUGAUGGGAAGCAUCAUCGUGGUGUCGGUGAUGGGUAACGUGCUGGUGAUCGUCAGUAUUGGGCUUCACCGCAAGCUUCAGGUUCUCACCAACUAUUUCCUGGUGUCGCUGGCCAUGGCAGACAUGUUGGUGGCUUCCUGCGCCAUGACCUUCAAUGCUUCUGUCGAGAUCUCCGGAAGGUGGCUUUUCGGCUACAUCAUGUGUGAUCUUUGGAAUUCGUUCGAUGUAUAUUUCUCCACAGUGUCCAUACUACAUCUGUGUUGUAUCAGUGUUGACAGGUACUAUGCCAUAGUUAAGCCCUUAGAGUACCCGCUCUAUAUGACUAAAGGGACGGUAGUGUUCAUGUUGGCCAACGUCUGGCUGGCUCCCACACUUAUAUCCUUCAUCCCGAUCUUCCUGGGCUGGUACGCGACGGAUGAUCACCUGCAGCUCCGCGCCCUGCAGCCGGAGACCUGCACGUUCGAGGUUAAUAAAGUGUACGCCAUCCUGUCCUCGGCGUUCUCUUUCUGGAUCCCGUGUACGGUGAUGGUGGUGCUGUACUCGCGCAUCCUGAGGGAGGCCAGGAAGCAGGAGGCAGCCAUCUUAAGCCGCACCAACAGCACGUGUACCAUCAACAACGUCCAGCGUCACUCCCCGUCAUCCACUGCUCAACAGAUCUUGGCAGCGUUUAGAUCUUCCAAUGGACCAAAACUGAGGAGAAACAAAGCAAAACAGAAAUGUCAACAGGACUUCCAGCUCGGUCCUCUUCCUCGUAUCUCGCGCUCCGACCUCAGCAACGACCAGGGGUCAGUGUCCGUGUGUGGGUCAGGCAGGAUAUAUAACCAAAACCAAUGUACAAAUAGUAGAAAAGUUAAUAAAAACUUUGUGAACGACACAGGUCAGUUAGGGCUGCCAGUCACACAGGAACACUCGAGUUCUUUAGAAGUGAGUCCACGAACAAUAAGUCCUGACUUGUCUUAUAACGAGGAGUCAGAUGAUAGAGUAGACAUGAGCCCCAGCUCCAGGCCUCAACUCUCCCGCAGUAGUUCCAUCAGCAUCAACGGCCACACGGGGAGCGGCCUGCCCGUCAGGGUCAUCAGUCCCGUUCCUUUCGGGCGACGGACGUCCAUGAUCCCCUCCGGCUUCGGUCUUGGGGGUGGCGGCAGCACCAGCAGCAGCAGCCACCCGGUGCUUCGACGAGAACACAAAGCAGCCAGGACGCUGGGCAUCAUCAUGGGCGCCUUCAUCCUGUGCUGGCUGCCCUUCUUCACGUGGUACGUGGCCGUCACCAUCUGCGGCGACAGCUGCCCCUGCCCCCAGGCCGUCGUCACCAUGCUCUUCUGGAUCGGCUACUUCAACUCUACACUCAACCCGUUCAUCUACGCCUACUUCAGGACAGACUUCCGGGACGCCUUCAAGAAAACUCUUCGGCAGCUGAAGUGUUGUAAUCGUGAUGAUGACUACCUGGGCUCCUUCGUCUGACCCCAACAAGUCACUUCCUUCUGCUCCGUCGGGCUUUCAUUUAACGUAAAUAUUUAUGUAUAUUUCUCCCCUGAACACCACAAGGUUAAGGGAGUAACUACUGCUUUAAAGGUAAUAUUAGAUCUUUAUGUGAAACCAUUUUGUUUACUAGUGUUCUGUGGUGACGUCAUUCAACUGAUUAUAUUCAUUAAGGUAAAACAACCAUCCAGGUCAUACUGCAGACACUCUAGUUCAUCUUUCCCCGACCCAUUAUCCUGAGUGUCUUUAUUUUACGACAUUAUCAAAGCAUUUCUUCCACUUAUAAACAGUCCAAUAAUACUAAAGGUUUAAACGGAGUGAACUAUAUCGACCUCGGAUGACUUAGCCCAGGAAAAUCUAACAAUUGUCUAACCUAACCAAACCUAACCUAACCUAACCUAACCUAACCAAGCUAAGUCACUCUGGGCCGGAUAGAACGUUUACCGUGUAGAGCCAGCGUGUGAGGCCGGUGCUACGGUCCUCCUACUACUUUAAGGUGCAGGAGAGGUAGACGUAGAGACCAACCUCGUGAAUAAUGUGACCAAUAAUGAAGUAAUACAUAAUAUAUAUCACACACCGCAAAUAACCACAAACGGUAUUAUCAUGUGUCCAGGAUCAAGGAAUCGUUAACAAUUAUUAAAUACAACAACAAUGACCAAUUCCCAGAUAUAUCACCGCAGUUAACCACUCAUAGCCAACUAACACCUGGAAAAAGUACACCUGUUAUUAACCUUAAUUAGCCAUCACCUGUCUACCAGUACAUUAGAACAUUAGGCGAUAAAAACUACUGAAAGAUGUAUCACUGUAUUUAACAAAGUGAUGAACACACAUACGUUCCUCCAUAACAACUAGUAAACAUUAAUACUCCACAAAAAUAUAAGUUACGAAAAAUAUAUAACUGAAAUAUUCCUCAUAUACUGUUAACUAUAUCAGGUAUAGAAUAGUAAACCCGUUCGUACACUUUCAUUAUGAUAUAGAAAGUAUAGAUUCAUGUAUACAAGUUUACUUUGAUAGUUUAUGAACUUUUUUUGUUAAAGUAACUAAGAGAAUAUUUCCACCAGGUCAAGAGGAGAGAGUUCAGAUGACGGGUGCAAGAGGUCAUCAGAGGGUGAGAGUAAACUUUCAGUGCAAACUAAGAGUAAACUAGGAGUAAACUAAGAGUAAACUAAGAGUAAACUAUGAUUAAACUAAGAGUAAACUCAGUCUGCCUCGGACGGUAUACAAAUACUGGUGUGUGUGUGAGUGUAUCGACAAAACCAAACUCCAGAACCUUUCCAGGAACUUGUUGAAGAAAAGUUUCUCCUAGUGGCUGGAAUGGUACACACUGCCACACUCCCAUCUCCUGUGACCUGCUGCAGAGUUUUUCAAUCACGCUGAACAUACGAGGAGAUUGUUCACCUGAUUUAAACAGUAGAAGUAAAUCUAUUUAUUUUAUUUGUGGAGUUAUGGAGUUUGGAACUUGUGGAGUUAUAGAGUUAUAAUAUACAAUAAAAUACAAUCAUAGUUCCCAGCUUAUACAAUACCACCAGGUGAUGUUACAGUGAAUGAUGUUUGACUCGCCACAAAUGUUUAUUAAUAUGCUGUAUCGCCAAACAUGAACUAGUGUACUGUAUUGUGAAGUUACAGACCUGUCAAAAGUGAAAUUAGUGAUACUCUUCUGUAAUAUGACUAUAGUUAUAAUGCACCAUAAAUUAUCGAUAUACCAUAGUAUUACAAAAACAGAAUUCAGUGACUACAUCCCUGUAACGUAAAAUUAUAACGAAAAAAAUGUUUUCUCC